AUGACGAUAGAUGGCAGCACAAUUUGUAGCAUCAUCCAAUCAUUCCCAGUGCUAUUAAUUUUGGCCCAAAAUUCCAAAAAAUGUCUCCACACUCCUCUUAUUUAUAAACCUCCACACCCAACCUAUUCCCCGGAAUACUACGCGGCAUAUGACGCCCUAAUUCAAACUUUACUUCACGAUGAUAGUUGCGGCCACCAGUAUGGCAUUCCAAGUUAUGGCCAUGGCUACAAAAAAUGUUAUAACAAAUACCCCGUAUAUAACUUUCCAGUGAGCGCCCAUUUUCCCGUUCAUACAGAUUUCGGGUACCACUACCCCAGCGUGGAAGGCCAUUAUUUUCCUAAAGCCAGUAUAAAUGGUACAGGUUACGCGUACAAAAGUAAUUAUGCCCCAAAUCAAGUACACAACGUGAAAAGGAAAUAUAAGGUUGUGGUGAAGAAUGGCAAGCGGCUGCAGAAGCUGAAAUUGAGAGGGCUCUUCCCGCAGCGAGAGCAACGACGCUACCCAUCACCGUUUGGAUUUUCCCAAAACUUUUUUCCGAACCCAAGCAGAAUUUCCACAACUAUUUCCAAACUUCUCCAACUGGAACACGAAAACCCGUACAGCAACCCUGCGUACAUUUAUCCCUUUCAGAACAACCCAAUAACAAAUCCCAAUCACAAUCCUUAUAAUGUAAGAUUUCCAAAUCAGGGACAACAAAAUAAUUUCGGAAACCCAGAGUAUAAUAACGAACAAGUAACAAAUCCUCCAAAUUUCCAAAAUAAUCAAAAUGUCAACGGAGAUUUGACGUCAGGUCAACAGGUUGGGCCUGUUUUUGGACCAACGAAUGAAGGUUCGGGUGGUUUAGUCUCUGGACAGCAAAUGGGACCGGUGUUUGGGCAAGAUAAUGGUGAUAAAAGUGGUGGCACACUAGUAUCUGGUCACCAAGUAAGCCCUGUUUUUACGACGGAAGCACCUAAUAAUGAAAAUCCUGGAAAUUUAAUUUCUGGACAACAGAAUGGUCCAGCUUUUAGCACAGAACCACCUAGUAAUGGCAAUUCUGGAGGUUUGAUAUCUGGUCAACAAAAUGGUCCAGCUUUUAGCACAGAAGCACCUAGUUUCACAAAUUCUGGUAACUUAAUUACUGGUCAACAAAAUAGCAAUCCUUUUAGCACCGAAGCACCUGAUCAAAUCAAUACUGGUUUAAUUUCUGGGGUGCAAAACGGUCCCGUAUUUGGUGCAGAUGAAAAUAAAAAAGGAAACGGUGGCACAUUAAUUUCUGGAACACAUUCAGGUCCUGUUUACAGCCCAGACGCAAACGUACCGGCUUUCGAAUCCCGAAACAACUUUAACGAAGGAAUAUUCAAAGAGACAUGCAACACGGUGGGAGGAGGUCUUGGAAGUUGUAUAACAAUAGUCUCGUGUCCCGUCUAUGUGAAGUUACUGCAGCAAGCCAGAACAAGUCCGUCUGCUGUCCAGGAGUUGAGAGCAGCUCAAUGCGGCUUUGAAGGAAACUAUCCCAAGGUAUGCUGUCCUCUUCCUCCACCCCCAACACCCCAAACACCUCCAACACCUCCAACGCCUCCAACACCCCCAACGCCCCCUACACCAACGCCAUCAGGGAAGUCCAUACCUUCGGACUCAGACUUCAUCACUGCCUUCCCUGAACCACCCGUGUGUGGAGUUUCAAAUGCCUCGUUCAGCAGAGUCGUGGGUGGAGUAGAUGCUAAACUUGGUGAUUUCCCUUGGAUGGCACUCCUGGGCUACAAGGGUCGUAGUGGAGCUGGUACGCGCUGGUUGUGUGGAGGUUCGCUCGUCUCUCAUCACCACGUCCUAACAGCAGCCCAUUGCAUCCACAACCACGAACACGAUUUAUACGUUGUUCGUCUUGGUGAAUUGGACUUGGAGCGAGAUGAUGAAGGCGCUACUCCCAUCGAUAUCCUCAUCAAACAAAAGAUCAAACACGAGAAAUACAACGCGACCUCAUACACUAAUGACAUCGGACUAUUGAUCUUACAGAACGACGUGGAUUUCACAAAUCUGAUAAGACCAAUUUGCAUCCCAACGCGUCCUGAUCUUCGCGCCAACUUAUUUGUUGACUACAACCCACUUAUAGCUGGGUGGGGAGACACAGAAUUCCGUGGUCCGUCAGCGUCACACCUGCAAGUUCUUCAGCUGCCAGUGCUGGACAACUCGUUCUGUCAGAAGGCCUAUUCGCGGUACAAGGCUCAAGUGAUCGAUGAGCGUGUUAUGUGCGCUGGCUAUAAGAAAGGUGGUAAAGACGCCUGCCAAGGUGACAGCGGUGGACCGCUGAUGCAGCCAGAUUACAAUCCAUCGACGCUUACAACAUAUUUCUACCAGACCGGAGUGGUUUCUUUCGGUCGAAAGUGUGCAGAGGCUGGGUACCCAGGCAUCUACACGAGGGUGACGCACUUCGUUCCCUGGCUUCAGAAAACCAUGCUCGGUAUUGAUGGAUGA